GAGCGCUGCGAGCGCUGGGAUGACCUGGACACCGCCGUGUUCCACAAGGACGGCCACGUGGUUUUGGCAGGGAUGUUCCCCAUUCACUCCAAAGGAGUGGAGGAGCAGCACACAUAUGAGCAGAGGCCCGGGACAAGGAAGUGCAGAGGGUUUAACCUCCGUGUGUUCCGGUGGUCCCAGGCUAUGAUAUUCUUCAUUGAGGAGAUUAACAGGAACCCCACCCUCCUCCCAAACAUUACACUGGGCUACAGGCUGUACGACACGUGUGGGAUUGAGCAGCUGUCAGUGAGGACGGCCCUGUCAGUCGUCUCUCAGCCCCUGAAGAGAGGCCAAGAGGGGUGCGUAUCUCCCAGCAUCCCACUCAUCAUCGGGGACUCCGGCUCCACGCUGUCUAUGGCCAUCUCCCGCCUGCUCAAUCUCUACAGAGUCCCUCUGGUGAGUUAUUUUGCUUCCUGCGCCUGUCUGAGUGACAAGCGUAAGUUCCCAUAUUUCUUCCGCACAAUCCCGAGUGACGUGAACCAGGCUGGCGCCCUGGCCCGUCUGGUGCGGCACUUCGGCUGGACCUGGGUGGGCACCGUGGGGGCGGACGAUGACUACGGGCGCAUGGGCAUCGACAUGUUCACAGCUGAGGUGAUCAAACUGGGGGUGUGCGUGGCUUUUCGGGUGAUCAUACCCAAGCUGCCCUCCAGUGCCAGGCUGCGGGAGAUUGUGGAAACCAUACGCUCCUCCACCGCCCGCGUGAUCGUCGCCUUCGCUAUUGAGGAGGACAUUCAACCUGUCAUGCAGGAGAUUGCUCGUCAGAACGUGACGGGGAAGCAGUGGGUGGCCAGUGAAGCCUGGGUCACCUCCACCCUUAUUUCCACCCAGGAGAACCUCCCCUUCCUGGACGGCACCAUCGGCUUUGCCAUCCGCAGGGCGGAGAUGCCAGAGCUGAAGCGCUUCCUCGAAAGCCUCAAACCACUGGCCGAGCCCCACAACCCCUUUGCCAGAGAAUUUUGGGAAUUGCAAUUUACGUGUUCCCUGAACACGACGGCACCGGCUGCCUCUACCUCUGAACUCACCAUUUACAAUAAGAGCUGCACAGGUGCAGAGGUGAUCCAGGACACUGUCAGCAUCUAUAAUGACGUGUCGCAGCUCAGGGUCACCUACAACAUGCACAAGGCUGUGUAUGCUGUGGCCCAUGCCCUGCAUAACCUGCUGACCUGUCAGAACGGAAGCGGAACCCACCUCAACAGGAGCUGUGCAGACAUACACAGCCUGCAGCCCUGGCAGAUUGUACAGUACCUGAAGGAGGUGAGCUACACCAAUACAUUUGGUGACGUGGUUCAGUUUGAUGAGAAUGGUGACCCGGUUGGAUCCUAUGACAUAAUCAACUGGCAGAAGGAUGGAGUGGGGUCAGUGAAGUAUGUGACAGUGGGCCGCUUUGAUUCCUCCCUGCCACCCCUUCACCAGCUGGAGUUUAGCCAGGAGGACAUUGUUUGGCAUGGGGGGCACAGAAAGGUUCCUGUGUCGGUGUGCUCAGAUAGUUGCCCCACGGGCUACAGGAAGGCAUCUCGCCCAGGACAGCCUGUGUGCUGCUAUGACUGUGUUCCCUGUGCUGAGGGCACCAUCAGCAACAGCACAGACCAGCCGGAGUGCAUUCCCUGCCCAGAGGACUUCUGGUCUAAUGCAAACCGGGACACCUGCAUCAUCAAGGAGAUAGAGUUCCUGUCCUACACCGAGGCGUUCGGUAUGGUGCUGGCUGCCAUGGCGAUCCUAGGUGCAGUCAGCACUGCAGCGGUGGCAGGCAUCUUCCUGAGGUACAGGCACACCCCGAUCGUGCGCGCCAACAACUCGGAGCUGAGCUUCCUGCUGCUGCUGUCCCUGGCCUUCUGCUUCCUGUGCGCACUCACCUUCCUGGGCCGGCCCUUGCACUGGAGCUGCCGGCUGCGCCGCACCUCCUUCGGCAUCAGCUUCGCCCUCUGCCUCUCCUGCCUGCUUAGCAAGACCCUCGUGGUGCUGAUGGCCUUCCGGGCCACGCUGCCUGGCAACAACGUGGCGCGCUGGUUCGGUCCCACCCAGCAGCGGCUGGGCGUGUUCGUCUGCGCGGCCCUGCAGGCGGGCGUAUGCGCGGUGUGGCUCGCCAGGGCCCCGCCCUACCCUGUGAAGAACACCUGGCUCUACAGGGACAGAAUCAUCCUGGAGUGCCAUCUGGGGUCGGUGGUUCUGUUCGGCUGCGUGCUGGGGUAUAUCGGCUGCCUGGCCGGCUUCUGCUUUUUCCUCGCCUUCUUGGCCAGGAAACUGCCCGAUAACUUCAACGAGGCCAAAUUCAUCACAUUCAGCAUGCUCAUAUUCUGUGCAGUCUGGAUCACUUUUGUACCGGCAUAUGUCAGCUCACCUGGAAAGUUCACUGUAGCUGUGGAAAUAUUUGCAAUUUUAGCUUCCAGUUUUGGUGUCCUCCUCUGUAUAUUCGCUCCAAAGUGUUACAUUAUCAUCUUCCAACCUGAGAAGAAUUCUAAAAAAUACCUCCUCUCCCAAAGGCCAACAAGGUGA